GCCAUAGAAUUAUUUAUUAAUUCCUUCUCAACACUGAAAACAAUCUAAAAGAUAAACAAAAUAGAGCAGGACAUGCGCGUAUAUAUGACAACAACAAUAAUAACAACAACAACAACACGAAGAUUGGAAAAAACAAACAAAAACAAAACAUGUUAAAAUUGUAGAAUACUGUCAAAAAGAGUAAGAAGAAGUAAUGUAGAAAAGAUACAUUCGAAGAAGAAACAUUAAUUCUUUACCAGGAUCAAUCAAUACUUUUCGUAAAUAGUACAACAUUGUAGUGAAUUGUAUAUUUUGUGGGUUUUGUUUUUAAUAUUGUAACAAUUUAGAGAAAUAAUUAAGUGAAAGUGUAUUACCUUAAAACUAUUGAAAAGUUUUAAUUAAUAUGGAUCGUGAAGGAUAUGGCCCAGAGUUUGAUGAUCGUUUAAUAAAAUUAGUUAAAGAAAAUUCGGCCAUUUACGAUGUCAGUCAUCCUCAUUACCGGCGAACUCCAGUCCGUAUGGCAAUAUGGGAUAAUAUAGCCAAAGAAUUAGGAGCACCAUCUCGUUUUUUGCAAACAAAAUGGAAGAAUAUACGUUACAAUUAUCUACAGGAACAAAAGUGUCUGGAAACGGGUACCGUUAACACAAAUAUACGAAAGAGAAGAUUCACAGAAGAUUUAUCCUUUCUUAAGUAUACAGCUUAUCGAAGAGAUGGCACUGGACCCAUAAAAUCCAACUGCAAUGGAUCUGAUGACAGCAACAGUUAUAUGUAUCCCGACAAUUUAGCCCCUGCUAAUAGUAGUAAUACGUAUGAAGUUAUCGAACUCGACCGCAGUGAUGAUGAAGGGGACGAUUUUUUGCCAGACGUUUCGGCAUUUUUAGCUCCAAUGAAUGAUAUAACACAAACCAGUACACAAGAUCCAUAUGGUUUACCUGAUAAUCCCGAAGAGGCAAAUAUUCAAACUAAACAAGAGCCAGAUGUAACAAUACAUCAAAGUUCAGGAGACAAUACAAAACGUUCAGUUUCGCCGACAAAUUCACAAGGAUCGAAUCGUUCAUCACCACUACUAACACCAAUUCUAACAACAACAACUAAUAAUGGCAAAGAAAUAAAUAGUAUUAGUAAUGGUAAUAGCCAAUUAUACUCUGAGGUUACAAUUCAGCCAAUACCACCAGCUCCUUCACCUCUAAAACGUCCCUUAACAAUAUCACCGACUCAAGAUCAUAUGUUAACAAACAGUGCGAAACGUAAAACUACUUCUGCAUUAGCUACACUUAACACUGAUCCAAUUGAAUUAUAUUGCCUUUCCUUGGUCGAUUGUUUUCGAGCUAUGCCACGUUCAGAGAGAGAAAGGGUCAAAUUUGAAUUUGCUAAAAUCCUUAAAGAUGCCCACUAUAAAGAUCAAAUGUAAAACGCCGAUAGUCUUUAGUGAAAUUUAUUUAAUGACGGAACUCAAUUAUAAGUUUUACAAUAAAGAAAAUGUACAUAGUAAUAUACAUAUGUAUGUCCAUACAUAUGUAUAUAUAAUUACCUAAAAACUAGAGACCAUCAAAAUGAAGAAUUCUUAACUUUCCUUAAUUAAUAUUUUAUUUUACUAGCAAAGGAAAAACAAAAAUAUUGUUUAUAUUUGCUUGUCCUUUUGGAGACGACAAAUAUGUAUGUAGAUAUCUAGCAAUCAUAAAGUAAUUUAUUAAAUACAAUAUAAUAUAAAUUUAUGGAUAAGAAACUUUAUAUCUAAGUUCACAUGCAUUUUUAGAUAUAAGUUUUCCGCAUAAAAUCACUUAUUUAAUAUCAUUUAACAAACUAUUUUUUGUAAUAUUUUAAUAAUAAUACAUAUUACUGGA